AUGACGACACAAGUAACCUCACCGCCGUAUGCCCGUAUGGUUGGCAAUAGAUUUGAUGUAUCAGCUUAUUGCCAAGAACAACUAGUUGUUGCACUUGAUCAUUUGACGAGCGUGAAAUUUGCACUCUUUGCUUUGAUUCGUCCAGCAUUGAAGAUUGCUGCACGAUCGUUGUUUAUUGAAAAUGAAUCCAUUACUGUUUCAAAUAUCUUAUCGCAUUUAAAUUCCGAAGCCCCAAUUGCGUCUCCGCCACCUGAAGCUCAACCACAACGACCAAAACGCUCAUUUGUUCAACGUAUAAUACACUUUUUUACUGUUGGCAUCCCCUUAGCAAUUUUUGUCGGUAUCAUCGCUGGCAUUCUUCACUUUAUCAAAACUGUCUCGAGCGAUCUCGUUACUGUUCUUAGUCUUGGAUCGAAACUAUAUUCUAUGAGUCAGGAAGAUGUUAAAUUCUACAAAGACAAUCCACAGCUGAUUCCGCCACGUAAUGUCGCUAUCGAUGGAGUGAUUAAUACCGGUUUGAAUUUUUACACACGUCGACUAAUUUAUCGAAAAUUGGGAAUGUUCGCAUUUAUUACCAAACCAUUCAUGUCGUUUAUCGAAUCGUUGCUAACAAAACGGGUGAUUAGAUUUUGCGAUCGAGUAGAUGAUAUUCGAAAUCGUUAUAAUAAUCGAUCAACUGCUCCAUCAGCACCACCACCACCACCGUAUUAUAGCGGAAAAUCAGAUGGUGCUAAAUUUGAUUAA